UAUAUGUGCUGUGAAAGGCCGCGAGCCCUAACGUCGCUUCCCCGUCCUAUCUCGCGGGAUUUCCCCCUUAACUUCUCGCGAGAAUGAAGGGAGGCGGCCUCGGCAGAGAUGGAGCCGCCGCAGCGCGUGCCUACCGGCCUCCCCGCGAUACUGGCGCAGACAGACUGGUCUGAACCAUGGCUGUUGGGACUUGCAGUUUUCCACAUCCUCUGCUUUCUGAUCACUUGCUUUUCAUUCCAGCGCUACCACCUGCAGAUAGGGCAUUUUCUCUGCAUGGUUGCCUUGGUGUAUUGUGCUGAAUAUAUCAAUGAACUGGCUGCUAUGAAUUGGAGGUUAUUUUCUAAAUACCAAUAUUUCGAUUCAAGAGGGAUGUUUAUUUCCCUAGUAUUUUCAGCUCCCUUGCUGUUGAAUGCUAUAAUAAUAGUGAUUACCUGGGUUUAUAAAACAUUGAAUGUAAUGACUGAAUUGAAGAACCUACAGCAAAAAAGAAGAGCAGAAAAAGAAAAGAAAAACUGAGACAUGGUGGUCAAGAUGGGUUCUGAAAAAGAUUUGGCGGUCAUGGUGGAUAAUCAGCCGAACAUGAGUGCCCACUGCAACACUGGCCAAAAGGACUAUUGUGAUCCUGGAGAAUCUCAAGUAAAAGUAGGGAGGCUGUUUUACUUCUGUAUCUGGCACUGGUGCGACCACUGCUGGCAUACUGUGUCCAGUUCUGGUGUCUACAGUUCAAGAAGACAAUUGAUAUAUUGGAAGGGGCUCACAGGAGAGCCACAAGAAUGAUUUAAAGGAUUAGAAAACAUGCUUUGUAAUGACUGAGCUCUUUAGAUGGGAUCCCAAAAGGGACUUAGACAUUUGCCACACAGCAUCACAGUGCCUAACUGUAGGCAACAGGAGCAGCGGGACCCACAAAGCUGAGAUAGCAUUUAAGCUUCAUAUAUGAUGUAUGGGAAGAGCUAGGCACCCAAGAAUGUGAUCUUCAAAGAUAGCACACUAGGCAGGGAGUCGCCUAAGCUAGCAAUGGCAAAUGCUGACAAGAGUGGUGUGUCCUAAGACCCAGCUGUCUGUCAGAGAUAGUGCCUGUCUUUGCUUAGCAAGCCGUGACAAGGAACCCAUCUGGAAUCAGGUGGCUUAGGAGCCUACAGCAUUUUUUUGCAGAAAUGAGUUGGAGGCCUCUAGUGUUCCAUACAAAUGGGGCGCUGCCUACUUGAUAACUUUUAGCACAGUGGAAAGAGCACUCACCUGGGAUGGGAGAGAGCCAGGUUCAAUUCCCCUCUCUGCCAGAGGAGGAAAAGAUUGGAUUAGGUGGUCUCCCACACCUCAAGAAGGUGCUGUAAUCAAUGAGCUAUGGGAUAUUGUGAUGUGGGUCUCUCUCAAUCUCCUAAAAUGUUCCACUGUGGAUACAUGAUGUUUGAAUGGAGGAGGGUGACUGGGUGCAAGAUUUUCCACUUCCCAGGUUGGUGCUCUAAUCACAGUACUACAGUCAUAUUCUCUGUCACCCAAUGACUGUUCCACUGUGGCUAAAAACCUAGUUAUUGGGCCAGAGCCGAAUGCAGUAUAACUGAAAAGAUGAUCUGGUACAGACUUCCAAAGAACAUAUUAACAUUAAAGACUGAAUAUUAAUCUGCAUAAGCCAAAUAAUACUAAGAUCCCAAGUUUACACACACACGUAAGCUUAACUUUAAUCACUUUAGUAGUCCCCUUAAUGCCAGUGAGAUUACUCAUAGGAGUAAAGCUAAGCAUGUGCAUAAGCUUUUGAGGGACAUGGGCCCAAGUUUGUAUCACAAGUGUAUUUAGAUUGUGGUAAACAUGUUCAGUGAUUUGGCUGCAGAUAAUUUCCUUGAUCCUCUAUACAAUAAGACUGACUAUUGAGAGAUCAAGUACAGCUGUGUAAAAACUCUUGCCCCUCCAGUGGAAAAAGUAGGAUUUUGUGAAAAGAGGUACUGGUUGUUUGCCAUACUAGGACUUCAUAAGUAAGAAGUCCGCCAUUUGCAACAAAAUGUGUUCAGUGUUGUAAAUGGUUAUAAUUCACCCUUAAUCUAAUUAAUAAAUUUGCACAAUCUGUCCUUUUAAUGUGAGAUUAGGAAAAUGAAAAAUAGUUUUUUCUAAAACUGUAUGAAAUUUUCAUGGGAUCAGCCGUUACAAACAAAACUGCUAUUUCUGAACUUAGACAUAGAAGAGAAUUCAUAGAGCAGUUCUCUUAAGUUAUAAAUAAAUAUAACAGGGCAAAAAUAAGGAUCUCUUUCUGUUUCCAAGCAUCCUGUACUCUAUUUGUCUUUUUAGGCGCUGAUCUUGCAAGCUGAUCAGUGGGGACAGUUCUCUGCACCUUUGUGGAGCCGAACCAAAAUCAGGGAAGCUUGUGCAGGCCCAAGAGUCCACCCACACAGAUCACCUUAUAAGGGCUGGGCCCUUCAGCAUCAGGGACAUGUCUCACUUUGUCUUGUACAGCAAGACAACAGUGUUGGAGCAUAAUAAACAGCAUACUGCAAUCCUGAACAGAGUAACACACAUGCCAAUAUAAAAACUUUGAUAAGUAAAAAUGACAGUUUUAGCAUUGAGGAAGUUGAAUAUCACCAUAAUGAUACAAUAGUUUGCAUACUUUUAAGUGGAUAGAAGCUGGAUAUUUUCUUUGUUAAAAAUCAAUUAAUAUGAAAGCACAGUGGCUUUUUUUCCUAAAGUGUGGAUAUGUGCACAUUGGAAGAGAAUAAGUGCCAAAUCAAUAAAGUAGGUAUUUUUUAAAAAUUGGAAUCUUCUUAGCUUUUUUUCAGUUCCAGGAAACUCUCAAAAUACACUUUAGAAUUCUAAGUAUAAUUGAAGCAGCACAUGGUUUUAAGCCUUCUCUAUUAAAAGGUCUCUUAAAGGUAAAUAGCAAUAUGUUUAAGAAAAAUAAUUUAGUCGUAUAAAUUAAUGACUACAAACUGAGACAAAUGUGAUUUUUUUUCCAAAUGUUAUAAAAUGUAAAUAACACAAAUAUUCCAGCAUUUUUUCCCCCCAUGGGAUUAUCAAGCCUUACCUACGUUGAUUACUUUUCCUUUAGAUAACCUUUUCAUGUAAUGUUAUGAAGGAAAUUUUAAGUUUUAGAGUGAGGGAAAUACAUAAAAGAAUAAUAAAAAAUGGUUUUCAAAUUAUUUUUUUUAAAAAAGUGUUUUUUAACCAUAAGGGCAUCCCCCAGAGAAUUAAACGGAAAGUGGUGAUUGUGUUGGUUGUAAUAGGAAUGGAUUUAUGAAGUGAUGGAACAAUAAAUGUAACCUAAAAGCCUACUUGCUGACAAACCUAAAAUAAUUACAUCGUUAAUUCAGAUAGUUUUUGCUGGUUUCAGCUUUCUAUAUGUGUACGUAACUUGGGACUAAAUUUUUAUUUGUGGUGGAAAGCCUGAAUCAACAUGCUUUGCCUGGAAGAUUUCAAUGGAGGUUUUGUGAGAAUGCUCCACGUUCAAUGACAAGGAGUCUAAGAUACAGCCAAGGGAUAGCUGCUCUACUAACUACUGCAGACUUUGGGCUAAAAAGAGGAAUUUGGUCAUUGGAUUCAUGUAGCUUGCAGGGGCAAGCUUCACCUCCAGCGUGCCCUGAUCUCUUCUCAGUGCUACAGGGAGAGUCACUGUGGAAUAAUGCUAAAAGGUGCAUGAGGAGUAUGACGUCCACCUGCCAUCCUUCCAGUAGCCCAGCUUUCGCUGUAUUUGAAUCAUGGCAAUUCUGGGGCAUUAUGUGCCUUUUCAAAGGGGGGCAGCUAGGACUGUGCCCUAAAUUUGCUAAAGAACCCUAAAUGCAAUAGAAUUUGAAGUUAACAUCAUUCCAAAUGCAAAACUGGUUAAUGAACUGAGCUUGAGGUGAAUUUGCCCACAGACACUUGAUUCAGCUCUGUCUGGGAACUUGACAAGAGGAGGAGGAGAAGAAAACACAACCCUCCAAAAACAAGUAGGAGUCGGUUUUUAACAAUUUUUUCAUUCUAUAUAAGAGGGCACACUCUCUGGCUUGGAACAUGUUUACUGAAAGUAAUGUGUUUCUUCAAGUUCAAUAAGACAAAGUCAGAUUAUUUUGCCCCUUUUUUAUUUUAAAGCUAAACUAAAUCCAUUAGGAAUGAGGACACCUACUAGUACUGGCAUAGACCCCAAUACAGCAAAACACUUAGGGCUAGAUUUUGAAAGGUAUUCAGAUGCCUGAAGAUGCAGAUUGGUGCCUAAUGGGAUUUUCAAAAGUUUUUAAGCAAGUUAGGCACCUAACUCCCAUUGAUUUCAAUGGUAUUGACCAUUAACUUUAAAACAUGAAUUGUUGAUGGGACUACUCACAUGCAUAAAGUUAUGCAUAGACUUAAGUGCUUUGCUGGAUCAGGGCCUCAAGUAGCAUACUCACUUUGAUAAAUUUAUCAUGUAUGCAUUUCAGAAAAUGUUCAACAUAGCUUCUGUCAGGGUACUAUAUUAACUUUAAAACUAAGCUUUUUUUUUUUUUUUUUUUUUGUAAAGGAUUGUCUCAUAUAGGAGGAAGGGUUUGGUUUGCUUUUUUUACGUAGGUUUUAGUAUAAAAAUGUUGGGAAAAAGUUUGAAGUCAGAAAUAACUUGAAUUUUGGUGAUCAAAAUUACACUGAAGUUUUGGGCUCAAGAUUAGUUUGACCUUUUCUUGAUCUGUAACAACUGGGUUUAAAAAAAAAAAAAAAAAAAAAGCAAGAAAGAGGUUAUGUGUUAGGGGUUCAGGUGAUAAAGAACCAAUUUUCUAAUUAGUGAAUAUUUUAUUCCUCUGUCAUCAUUGUUUUGAAAAGUUUCUUACAUACACAUAUAUUAGUCUUAUGCUUUUUAACAUGACUGGGGAAAAAUACUUGCAUACACUGUAACUUUACAGCGUGAAUAAAACCAGUUUGUGCAAGUUGUUAGACUUUGGUUAUCUCAGCACAGAAAACUCAAAUACUAUGUCUGUGCAUAUUUGUAUCCAAUGUAAAUAGUUUUAAAUGCAAAACACCCCUUAAAUCUUGUAUAUGUUCAAAAAAUAUGGGUCAGUUUUGAGUAUGGUAAUAUUGGUUUGCAUCCAAUACAGGUGUAAUAUGAGUAGGGAAUACUACAGUUAAUUAAACUAACCAGUGAAUGGCAAUGGUUCAUACUCAAAAACUGACUUAUUUCUCUUGCAGUAUUUUUGCAACAUAUAGGAAUGAGCAAGAAUGCUUAGACUGAAAACACUUCAGAGCAGAUACUUUUUGUUAUAUAUAUUUUUACUACUGUAAAGCGUCCCAUGCACUCAUGAUUUAAAUAAAACCCUCUACAGGAAAAUCACUUUAAAAGGAUAAUUUAUGCAUCACAGUGCACUGUAAGGUUCAAAUCCAGCAGACAUGUAUAUACUUAAUGUUGAUUCCAGUGGAAUUACUCAUGUAGUAAAGUUAAGCAUGUUGGUAAGGGCUUGCAGGAUAAAGGCCUAUUACUGUAAAUAGAUUUUAAUUAAAUAGUAGUGGAAUUGGUUAAAACAAAGCAAAUUUCUUAAAAUGGACAAACUCCAAGUGCCAGUUAUGACGUACACACAAAUUUAGCCCAGAAUCAAAUGAACAGCAUAACCUACCCUUUCAUAAGUUCAGUUAGAGCAGGGAUUCUCAAACUUUAGCAACAUACGGGCCCCCAUUUUGAUUUUAAUUUUUUUGCAGAUCCCCAAGCUCCCCCCUCAGCCUCAGGCCCUGCCCCACCUCUUUCUGCCCCUGCCCCUCCUUUUCCCUGCUUCUUUAUGCCCCCAUCCCUGCUCCUCCUCCUGCACACUGCUGAACAGCUGUUCCCCGAUGAUAGGAGGCUGAGGGAGGGAGGAAGGGAGGGGGAAGAGUUGAUCACCUGGGCCCCCUGGGGAGUACCGUCAUGGACUCCCAGGGGUCUGUCUAUACUGUAUGGUGGUGCAUACUACAGGGGUAUGAAUUGCAGAGUGCAUCAAAGUGUGCUGUUUGAAAGAGGACUACUUUAAUGCAAACUAGCUACCUUUUAAGUUCUCUCCAGCAGUGUCCACAUGGGGCAGUUAGAGUGCAAUGCUUUGGUGCUCUUCAUAUUUCAUGCCCCCAUAGUCCCCACUGCGGCACAGCAUAGACAAAACUUAAGCCUUACUCAUUCUUUCUCAAUAUCAUCUCCAAGGCUUGGUCUGACCCAGCAACUUAUGUCGGUAUAAGUACAACACUCAGGAAUGUAGAAAAUCCACACCCCUGAGUGAUGCAGUCAUACCAACUCCUGGUGUAGACAGUGCUAUGUUGAUGGGAGGGCUUCUCUCAUCAGCAUAGCUAGUGCCUCUCAGGGAGGUGGAGUACAUAAGCCGACAGGAGAAGUCCUCUUGUGGCAUAGGAACAGUCUUUGCUGAAGUGCUAGAGCAGCACAGCUGCAGCCUUUUAAGUGUAGACAAGCCCUAAUAUAUGUCCUUUCCUGUCCAUCCACACAGCUAAAACUUUCAUCAAGGCUGUCAUCAUCUUGUGUCUCGAUUACUACAACAUCCUUCUCUCUGGCCUUAACAAAUGGACUCUUUUGCCACUCGUAUCCAUUCAUAAUGCUACUGUAAAGAUAAUUUUUCUGAAGUGUUGCUUUAAACUUGUUACCCUUUCUUUCCAUCCUCCACUGGCUUCCCUUUCACUAUUGUACCAAACAUAAACUGCUUGUCUUCACUUUCAAGGCCCUUCACGCUCUAGCCCCACCCUAUCUUUCAUCUCUCAUUCAGCAUCACAAUGUUGACUCCCUCCUCCAAUCAGCCCAUGAUGUCAAACUCCAACACCUACUUGUUACAUUUCCAAAAAAGUUCCUUUGUGCUUUUUUCUACCCUGCCCCUCACACUUGGGAGGAGCUCCCCAUAAACAUCCACUAAACUAACUCAUUCUCCUGCUUCAAACCUGCCUCCCUCAAACAUUUCCUUUGCCAUGAUACCUUCAAAAAGCUAGGCUGACAAAAGCUAGGCUGCCUAUCAUGCUGAUCAAUGAUCUCAUUGUUUCCUUGUACUCCCCCAUUGGUCUGUUUAUCCAUCUGUUGACUCUUGUCUUGUACUUAGAUUGUAAGCUCUUUGGGGCAGGGACUAUCUUUUGGUUCUGUAUUUGUAUAGCAUUUAGCGCAAAAGGCCUUGGUCCAUGACUAGGGUUUUUAGACACUAAUAAUGCAAAUAAUAAAUAUAUAUGUUUUUGAACAAGA